UUUUUUCAUUUUGCUUAAGGAAAAAAAAAGUCUCCACCAUUUCACGGAUUUUGAAACCAUAAGUUUUUUUAGUAUCAGAUCAAGAAAAGGUUCCCUUGAGCCUGACUCUCAGCAAACGAAACAAACACAAACAGAAGAAACCUCAGCUUACAGAGCUAACGUAUUUGAUCAUCAAGAGUAACGAAACAGAGAUUGCCGACAAUGCUUCUCCAGAUAUAGCGUUGAAAGAAAAGAAACCCAGUUCGAGAAACACGGAGAUUUUUUCACUUGUUUCAGGCUUAGCAGGUGACCUACAAAAGGGGAAAAAAAAGGGGGGCAAACACAGUGAAAAGGAAAUGGCAAGUACAAAAGAGUCAAGCUCAGAAGGAAGCAAUAUCAAGGGAGUGCCGACUCAUGGAGGUAAAUAUAUUCAGUACAAUGUGUACGGUAACUUGUUUGAGGUAUCCAGUAAGUACGUGCCUCCUAUUCGACCAAUCGGUAGAGGUGCUUAUGGCAUCGUUUGUGCUGCUGUUAACUCAGAGACACGUGAGGAGGUUGCCAUUAAGAAGAUUGGUAAUGCAUUUGAUAACAGGAUAGAUGCAAAAAGGACAUUGAGAGAAAUUAAGCUUCUUCGUCAUAUGGACCAUGAAAAUGUUAUUGCCAUGAAGGACAUCGUUCGACCACCAAAAAAGGAGACCUUUAAUGAUGUUUAUAUUGUUUAUGAAUUGAUGGACACUGAUCUUCAUCAAAUAAUUCGCUCUGAACAACCAUUGACAGAUGAUCAUUGUCAGUACUUUCUAUAUCAGUUGUUACGAGGGCUGAAGUAUGUACACUCUGCCAAUGUUUUGCAUCGUGACCUUAAACCAAGCAAUCUGCUUCUGAAUGCAAAUUGUGACCUUAAGAUUGGAGACUUUGGAUUGGCAAGAACGACAUCUGAAACAGAUUUCAUGACUGAGUAUGUUGUUACUCGGUGGUACCGAGCACCAGAGUUGCUCCUUAAUUGUUCAGAAUACACUGCUGCCAUUGAUAUUUGGUCUGUUGGUUGCAUACUUGGUGAAAUUAUGACGAGAGAACCUCUGUUUCCGGGGAAAGAUUAUGUUCAUCAACUGAGACUCAUCACAGAGUUGAUAGGUUCACCUGAUGACGCCAGUCUUGGAUUUCUCCGAAGUGAUAAUGCCCGAAGGUACGUCAGACAGCUUCCACAAUGUCGGAAGCAACAGUUUUCAGCUAGAUUCCCAAAUAUGUCUGCUGUGGCUGUUGAUCUGCUAGAGAAAAUGCUUGUAUUUGACCCCAACAAACGCAUUACAGUUGAUGAGGCGCUUUGUCACCCAUACUUGGUAUCUCUUCACGAUACCAAUGAUGAGCCUGUCUGUCCCAGGCCUUUUAGUUUUGAUUUUGAGCAAUCAUCCUGCACUGAAGAUCACAUCAAAGAGCUUAUCUGGAGGGAAACUGUGAAAUUCAAUCCAGAUCCAGUCAAUUAAGAGAAUCUGCUUUGGAUAUAUGUAGAAAUAUAGUGGGAAUGACUUCUUUUCCCCGGAAUUUCCUAAAUAUGAUGUUGGUCUUGACCAUUCAAUGGAGCUGAUAGGAUUUAGGAAUAUCAUUCAAGUUUGCUUCCUUGUCACUCGUAGUAAAACUAAUGUACAAGGAGUUGAAGCAUACCUUGUUCCUGAGAUUUGGGACCCAAAGUGGUUCACAUAAGCCCAAUCGGAUGUCAGUUUAGGUUCUUGUAUGAUCAGAAAAAAACUGUCACAGAUCUUCCUUAUUUAUACUAAGAUAAUGGAAGUUCUAAAGCUCAGUUGUGGA